GUCAACAGUUCAUCCGUUUUCUCUCCCACCUGGAGGAUCAUCAGCUCCACACCAGCUCCUUCGAGUCGUCAGCGGUCCCCAUCGCCAAACCACCGACGAAAGACGCACGCACGACGCACGACACAGGACGACCCGGAUGACACGCAGCCAGCUUCCUACACGUCAAUCGUUGUCGCCAACACCUUUCUCGUUCCGUCGUCCUUUUCCCUACCUACGAUUAUAGCAUUAUAGCUCUUCCGAUACCUUCACUCUGUGCUCCGCCGCACUCUUCCCACCCUCCGUCGACCUCAACUUCAGACUCAUCAGACUCAUCAAACCCCCUAUCCGCUCGCUAUCGCGUUUUCAUUCGUUCCUCUUCCCACCGUCCGUCCCUCUCCCACCGUCCCCAGCUGCCGCGAGCUGGCGGCUCUCUCUCCAGCUCCAUUCGAAUGAAUGCCACCCCUAAAUCCCUUCCUCGCCGCCUUCUUCCGGAGCCCCUUACCCGCCCAGUGCUCUCCCGUCCAUCACCAUAUCCUCCUAGUACCCACCACCGAGGUUCUCCUCACCUCGCGCGAGGUUGAGAGCGGCGCCUCCUCGGCUUCGUCGUCGAAUGAUAUCCUACAUUCCGAGGAUUUCCUCGCUAGCCAUGUCCUGAAGGCUCCCGGCACGGCUGUCGCUCCGCCCGGCUCGAAGGAGGCCGUUCCGAACCUCCGCGAGGUGAGAGGCAAGGCGAAGCAAUACACCACCCUUAACGGUCGUAGCCUCGUCAUUAAGGAUGGGCAAGUCUAUACGAACAAAGGCUUCAAGUCCCUCGCACAAGCCCAGCUACUCCACGACGUCCCAUGGUACCCAGACGUUCUCGAACCCCGACAAUGGCUCGUCUACUACAUCUCGCGGCCUCUCGUUGGCACCUGGGAGGAGAUCAAAAUCACCCCGGCCAUUUUGGUCGAGGGUGCCGCGAGGAAACAAGCCCUCGAGCAGAGUCGCACCGCCGGCUCCAACGGGGGGGAGAGCACAACCCUCCCCCGCAAGAAGGACAUCAAAAGCUUCCACGACCUGCUGAACCACUUCCCCGUCAUCGCGCGCCAGAUGCAGCCCGGCCUCGACAAACUGUUUCUCGAGUUCCGGCACGUCUUCGAACGACCGCUUCCGCCUCCCCCCUCUGCCGCCACCAUUCCGGACCCCAUCCCCGACGGGCCCAUCACGAACGCCAUGAAGAGAGCAAGGUCCAGCAGCAUGUCCCUACACCACAACACAAAAACCGAGCAGCAGGCGACCACACCCGUCACGCCUGUUCUGGACCACUUCUACAUGGACAACGACGACGACGACGACGACGACGACGACGUCAUGAGGGCGUCUCUCGAAACCGCCGUCACCACCGCCAUUGAUCUCUUCCAGGGCGUGGACAAGCAGCAGCUGUCCAUGCUCGGCGCCACCACAGACCUGACGGGACCCCUGGUCGAGAGGUUGAUCGAGCGUUACGUCACCGAGAACGUGCAUCACCUCAUCUUCCCCCGGUUGGCGACCUUGAAGAGACGCUACGACCUCGAACUCGAGGCCAAGAUUCGCCAGAUGGAGUUCAUCGACCUAUCUCAGCUCGGCAUCGGCAUAGAAGGCGGCUCGAGGGUCAAGCACGAACUGACCAUUCACCUGGCGCUCGCCGUGGAAGAAUUCAAGAAAAUGGGACAUGCCGCGAGCCCGCAGGAGAUGCUGGAACUCUUGCUUUCCACCACCAAGCUGGUCACUCGGCUGACCGGCGUGCCGGGGGACGGCGAGGGUCAGGGCCAAGGCGAGGGUCAGGGCCAGAAUGAACACCAAAAAGAAGCGCCCUCGGAGAAACCGACAUUGAUGGUCAACGCCGAUACGCUCGUAUCCCUGCUGCUUUUCGUGAUCAUCCGGGCCCAAGUCAGGAACUUGCAAGCACGGUUGGCGUACAUUCGGCACUUCAUCUUCAUCGAUGACGUCGAAAAUGGCGAACUGGGCUACGCCUUGAGCACCUUUGAAGCCGUUCUGACGUAUCUGGCCAUGGACUCGGGAGGCUUGCGAAAAGCAAGCCGGCGGAACAAGGCUCUGUGGGAUGCCGCGCGCAGCGGGAGCCUGGCCGAUCUGCAAAAAAUCAUGGAGCCCAGCGGGGUCUGCGGCGACAGCGACAGCGACAGCGACAGCGACGGCGAUGACGAUGACGACGACAACGACGACGACCAAGAGGAGGAACCGGAAGAGUGCGGACGGCAGCAAGUAGACGCAUCCGACGGAACAGACGCAGCAGACGAGGAGGGCCCUUACCACAACACAAACACAAGAACAUUACCUAGCCACUCCCCCAGUAGGAAAGACUCGGCCAACGACCCGCCGCCGAGGAGGUCCUCCAUCACAUUUGCAUCCACCGAUCGGUUCUCCCUCGGGUCCGGCCUACAUCACGUCUUCCCGUUCCAGGCCGGCCAUGGGACGACGGCAGGGACGACGGCAACGGACGGCGACCUCCACCCCCUCCAGCUGCCCACCAAGAGAGUGAAGAAGGUGGCCAUGGACACGAGGAGCAUGUCCAGCAGUUCGGAAAUCUCGUAUCAUUCGAGGGCCGGCAGCCUGCUGACCAUGGGAAGCGCGCUCGAGGGCGACAUUUCCAUCGAGCGGCUCUCGCAGACGCACGACUCCUUCGGCGAGUCGGUGCUCAUGAUGGCCGUGCAAAACGAGCGCCCGGACGUGCUGCGCUACCUCCUGUCGCUGGAGGCAUACUACCCCUGCCCGGUGGUGCUCAAUGACAUCAACAACGAGGACACCACCCUUCUCAGUGCCGCCGUCCAGCUCGGCCACACCGAACUCAUCGACAUCAUCCUCGGCUUCGUCACCAAGGCGGCCACCACGCCGGACCAGGUAAAGCGGUACCUCGCGCUGCAAGACAUUUGGGGGCGCAGCUGCGCGCACUACAUGUUCCACGCGCCGUACCUGAUCGCCAAGAUUGGCAAGCUCGUUCCCUGGCGGCAAAAGGACAAGAACGGCCAGACGCCGCUCUUCGCGCUCUGCCGGUCGUACGACCACGGGGACUACCUGGAGAUGGUGCAGGCCGGGAUGGAUGCGGCGGCGGAAGCGCAGGGGGACGGGUGGCCGCUGCACGUAGACGACCACGUCGACAACAAGGGGAACACGCUGCUCCACAUCGUCAACGACGCGCUGCUCCUCACGAGGAUCCUGCAGGAGUGCGACGUGGACGUGAACGCGACCAACGAGAAGAAGUUCACGCCGCUCAUGGUGGCGAGCAAGUACGGGCGGCUGGACAUGGUGCGGACGCUGUACGUGGACCCGCGGGUGGACACGGCGGCCAAGGAGCUGCGCGGGCUGACGGCGGUGGAGCUGGCCAAGGACGACGAGGUGCGGAACCUGAUCGACGGCCUCGCGCUGUUCAACCUGCCGCCGGCGGGCGCGGGCGCGGGCGCGGCGGACGCGCGCCGCAUCUCCGGCGUGGUCCGGGCGUAUUUCGUCGAGGACGCCACGGUCCGGCUCGUGCUCAAGUCGGCGGUGCCGGUGGCGGUGCCGGCGGAGGUGGUGGACGCGGCGGUGACGAGCUACACGGUGACGACGACGCGGCGGUCGCUGUCGGACUUUGAGCACCUGAGCCGCCUGCUGGCGAUGGAGAACCCGGCGUCGUGGAUCCCGGCGGUGGGCGGGCCGCGGUCGCCGUUCCAGGUGCCCUCGAAGCCGUCGCGGACGGUGCUGCGGGACAUACAGAUCCGGGCGGACUGGUUCCUGCGGAUCCUGCUGGCGCACUCGACCUUCUCGACGCACGAGAUGCUGUGGGAGUUUUUGCUCGUGCCGGACAUCCAGCUGGACAUGAUGGACCAGCGGAGCCGGCUCAAGGCGGAGGCGCGGGCGGAGAAGGUGCGGGAGGAGAUGGAGCCGCUGGAGGAUGUGCGCGAGGUGGAGCAGUUUGCCAACCACGCGCGGGAGAUGAUACGGAGCGUCAAUUACGCGACUAAGAGUGUGGCUAAGAGGGCGAAUGCCGCGAGUGUGGCCGCAGCUGAUCUCCACGACGCAGCAGCGCUUCUCCACCGCGCCGCGGCAACGCUCGACUUCCUCCCCCGGCGGCACAUCACGGCCUUGGAAGGCUACGUACGCACGCUGGCGCCGCCGCAGCUGGGCCCCUGGGCGGCGCUCCACAGCUCGCUACUCGCAUCCCAGUCGACGAUCCAGGCGCUCCUCUCGGCGCUGGCGCGGCCGGCAUCGCUCACGUCGCAGAUGGCGACGACGCGCAAGGCGAUGGAGCGGAACCACAGCUCGCUGCACCGGUCGACGCGGUGGCCGCUGGGCCUGCUGGACGACACGCGGCAGCGGUUGCAGGAGGAGAGGGAGGAGAAGGCGCGGCAGGCGCAGGGGCAGCUGGACGACCUCGGGCGGGAGCUGCGGUACACGCAGCAGGUGGUGGCGGCGGAGCUGGCGGGGUUUCACGAGCUGCAUCGGAGUAUGGGGCGGAGGGCGAUUCGGGACUUUGCGAGGGGGGUGGUGGUCCAGGAACGCAUGCGGCUGGAUGGGAUGGUGAGGUUGUUGCGGAAGUUGAGGGAGGCGGGGCCGCGGGUUCGAGAAGAGAAGCUCGCUGGUGGUGUGGAGGCGAGGGUAGCAGAGAAAAGCAGCCUGGCUACAACCAUGGCUGCGGAUUCCGAGACACCUUCGGGUAAUGGCACAGAAGGAGAGAGGGCAGGGUCGGCAUAGCAUAGUUAGAGUAGAUGGAGGGGGGAGUGUAUAGAUAGGGCAGGGUGGUGAGUGUCUUAACAGCAACACGACACACAACAGACGAGACCAUAAUUAGUGGAUGGAAGGGAACCCGGUGUUCUUUUCUCUUGGUAUACCCCGGCCGCGGCCAGCGUAAAGCAGCGUUAAGCAGAAAGACGACCGAGUACGACUAAACCUAUAGAAAUAAUGUCUUGUCGAAUCCCUGCCGUCGCAAUCAUCAUGUCUGUUCAGGGGGAGGUUGCAAGACCCGUCGCCAUGGCGCAUCUAAGAAUACACUGACGCUUCACUAUCCCGGGAUCCUAGAGGGGACCUUUCCAGAGUGGCCGAACCUUCUGCUCUCUCGAGUUGGACGUUGCUAGAACUAUAACCUAUGACCCC